AUGGAACCAACAACUGGUACUGAGAAAACAGUCAAAGAUAAGCUCAUUGAUGUAUCUACCGCAGUCCAGACUGCAGUAGAGGCUUCUGAAAGAAGUCCUCAUGCUACAGUGUUGCCUGUCACCAAGAGAAUCAAGAAGGGACUUGUCAUGGAGGCUUAUGAUCAUGGAGAGAGGCAUUUUGGAGAAAAUUAUUUCCAAAGCCUUAAAAGAAGAGCUACUAAGCUGCCAAGUGAUAUCAAAUGGCACUUUAUUGGCCACUUACAGUCAAACAAAGCUAAUGGGCUUGUAGCUAUAGAAAAUCUAUACGUCAUUGAAACUGUUGAUAGUAUAAAACUCGCCAAGAAGCUUGACAAAGCUUGAGAGAAUAUCCAAAGAAAGCUUAAUAUCUUCUUACAGGUUAACUCAAGUGGGGAAGCAUCCAAGUCUGGAUUCCCUCCUGAAGAUGUUCAUGGAGCUGCCGAAACCGUCAUGAACGAGUGACCGAAUCUGAACCUACUAGGCUUAAUGUCCAUUGGAAAAGUUGGUGACAAAGAAGGAUUCGAGCUCAUGUAUAACCUCAAGAAGGAAAUCUGUGAAAAAUAUGAUCUUGAGUCGGAUAAAUUUGAACUAAGUAUUGGCACAUCAGCCGACUACGAAGAUGCUAUUGUACAUGGAGGAGCAACAGAGGUAAGGGUCGGGACACAGAUUUUUGGCAAAAGAACUGAUAAAAAUAUGAAUACUUCCAGUGAAGAAGAUGAAGCUAGGGACAAUGCAGCUGAAAAGAAAGAAGAAGAUGCAAAAGAGAAAUAA